GUGACCUUAAACGUCCUCCGACCGGAGCGUUUGCUUUGGUACCGCAUUCUCUCACGUUUUUCCUCAUUCUUUGUGAACUUUCGGACUGUAAUCAUGGUCUUCGAGAUGAAAAUGAUCACGUACGGUGAACCCGAUGACGAGGAGGAGCAGGCACCGGAGGAGGAGGAAGAAGAAGAGGAGGAGGAAGAAGACAUGGUGGACCCUCUAGAAACGAUUCGAGUCAAAUGUGAACAGACAGAACACUGUGUUCACUACAAGGAGCGUCUGGAGAUCUGUGAAGCUCGGGUUAACUCCAGAUCCCACACGGAGGAGGACUGCACAGAAGAACUCUUCGAUUUUCUGCAUGCACGGGACCAUUGUGUAGCACACAAGCUUUUCCACAAUGUGAAGUGAAGUUCCUUCCUCUCUACUGUCAUUCACAGCUGAGUAUUGCAGUUGUGUCUAUUUAAAUGCUAGAAAUGUACAAUAUAUUAGCAGGAAAAGGUCUGUUAUUGUGCAUUAUUGUGAAUAAAUUACAACUUCAUUUUGUAUUUAGGUGCCCUAGACUACAUACUAGCCCUUUUGCUGUAUACAGUGGCAUAUGUGAUGUUAUCAAAAGCAAAUAUGUUGUGGGGCAUAGAUGGGUGAUGGAUGGCUGUGAGUGAUAGAUGGAUCCAAGUUGUAAAGAAAUAUUCAGAAGGACUCAAGACUGUAAUUCACCAGAUAAUCAAAUAUGCCAUGACCAGCACCCUGCUGUUUUGUCAUUUGUGAUUAUGCAACAAGCAUUGUUAGGUUUUGUUUUUCAGAAUUGGCAAAGCUUUUUAGUUGAAUCCCCUCAAAUGAUUGUCUAUUCAGAAAUGGUUGCCCUUGCAUAUGGUCUACUCAGGAUUUUCUGUAUUAAAACACCUACAGCACUGU